UUCUGAGUGCCUGCGUUUGAAGCGCCUACGCAGGCCGAGCAUUAUAUAUCUCUUCGUCUUCGUGAGAUCUCCCGCGCUUGGUAAGACUAGCGGGCCUGUAGGCUGUAGCUUUGACAAACAGUCUCUCUCUGACACAAAGCGGCCUCAGCGGACGACAUGUGCCGCCAGGCAUGGACACGUGGCGAUUUCUUCUUGCUUGUAGUCUCUGCCGUCGCUCUCAUCUCCCUGACAGCCGCAGCUCGGCGAGUCGUCGACCCGGACGAGUCUGCCUAUGAAGCUCGCGUCGAAAUGGUGAGUCCUUGCAAAAACCUCUUCAAACUAUUGUGUUGGAAAAUCAAUGUCCGUUCCCCUACUUACCUGUCCAGAAGGGAAGUUGUGAAGAACAAUGUUGCAUGCUCGAAAGAAAAUAGAGAAGCUUUGCUUCUUAAAGAUGCAUUGAAGUUCUCUGAUGCUAAUUUCUUCCAUGGAGAUAAGGUGCAGGACAUGGCUAAGGGUGCGUUAGAAUUCAACAUUCCUGUUUUUAAGGAGAACCGGAAAUUGGUUGCCUCUGUUAAUGGAGGAUUGCGUGAUCCAUCUGUUUUAGUUUUCAACCCAGAAUGGGGCGGCGGUGAAACGCACCAAAAUCACCAAAGAUUUAAUUAUCCUUCAGUUUCCGGCAUACAGAGACCAAACAACAAAGACGAUAUUGUCUUUAUGAGUGUUCUUGAACUUGGAGAACUUAUUAGGACAAAGCAAAUAACAUCUCAGGAACUUACUGAAAUUUUCCUACAGAGAUUGAAGAGGUAUAAAGAUGUUCUUGAAGCAGUAGUCACAUCUACAGAAGAGCUAGCAUACAAGCAAGCGAGAAAGGCUGAUGAUUUGCUUGACCAAGGAGUGUAUUUAGGUCCUCUUCAUGGAAUUCCUUACGGGUUGAAAGAUAUAAUAUCUGUGCCCCAUUAUAACACUACUUGGGGUUGCAGAACUUUCAAAAAUCAAGUUCUUAAUGUGGAAGCUUGGGUUUACAAGAGGUUAAGGUCUGCUGGGGCUGUUCUAAUAGCGAAGCUCGUUACUGGAUCACUGGCAUAUGAUGACAUCUGGUUUGGGGGGAGGACCCGAAACCCAUGGAAUAUUGAGGAAUUCUCUACUGGUUCAUCUGCUGGACCAGCUGCUGGCACCUCAGCAGGUCUGGUUCCAUUUGCAGUUGGGUCAGAAACAGCUGGUUCCAUUACUUACCCUGCUGCCCGUUGUGGUGUGACGGCAUUACGGCCUACUUUUGGCACUAUCGGCCGAUCGGGUGUUAUGAGCAUCUCCGAAAGCUUGGACAAGCUUGGUCCUUUCUGCAGAAGUGCCGCAGAUUGUGCUAUAGUUCUGGAUGCCACUCGGGGGAAGGAUCCGGGUGACCUAUCGUCCAGAGACAUUCCCCUUGAGGACCCUUUUUCAAUUGACAUUACAAAACUUACUGUCGGAUAUCUUGAAGAUGCUGAGAUGGAGGUGGUUCAUGUUCUUGCUUCAAAGGGUGUUAAUAUGGUUCCUUUCAAGCUAAAUUACACUGUUGAAACCGUUCAAGCGAUUUUGAACUUUACCAUGGAUGUCGAUAUGUUGACCCACUUUGAUGAGUGGCAACGAGCCAGGCAUGAUGAAAUGUAUGAAGCUCAAGAUCAGUGGCCAGAAGAACUGCGGCGUGCACGCUUGAUUCCUGCAGUAGAUUACCUUCAGGCACAAAGAGCACGGGGUAGACUGAUCCGUGAAGUCCGUGCGAGCUUUACGGUCGAUGCGUUUGUCGGAAAUGCAACCGAUUGGGAGAAAGUCUGCAUGGGAAAUCUUGUGGGCUUGCCUGUCAUUGUCAUUCCAACAGGAUUCAAGAAUAUCAUCAAUCCACCAGCGAGCGGUACUCGACGUAGGACCACUAUCACAACUGGCAUUUACGCUCCCCCUCAACAUGACCACAUUGCUCUAGCUUUGGCCAUGGCCUACCAAUCAAUCACUGAUCACCACAAACAACGGCCACCAAUCGAUGAGUGAACGAUCCUGUCAAAAUAAAAUGAGAAUAUGAACAUUGGCAGACAUGAACACCACCAUUCAAAUCUAGUGAA